AUGUCGAGGAGCUCCUACGACCGAUACCUCACGGUCUUCUCACCGGACGGACGUCUCUACCAAGUCGAAUAUGCCUUCAAGGCCAUCUCGUCCGCUGGUCUCACCAGCGUAGCCGUCCGAGGAAAGGACUGCGCCGUCGUUUGCACCCAGCGCAAGAUUCCGGACAAGCUCAUCGACCCCUCGACUGUCACAAAUAUCUUCAAGAUUACGCAGGAGAUUGGGUGCAUUAUGACUGGCAGGAUUGCGGAUGCUCGCUCACAAGUGCAGAGGGCUAGGGCAGAGGCGGCCGAGUUCAAGUACAAGUACGGCUAUGCUAUCACGCCUGACCUUUUGGCAAAGAGGAUUGCCAACAUCAAUCAAGUGUACACUCAGCGAGCCGCCAUGCGACCCCUCGGCAUUAGCAUGAUCCUCGUAGGCAUCGACUCAGACCCAGCUCGCGGCCCACAGGUCUUCAAGAUCGACCCAGCAGGCUACUACGUAGGCUUUAGGGCUACGGCAGCAGGGCAGAAGCAGACGGAAGCCAUCAAUUACCUCGAGAAACACUUCAAGAAGGCGCCCUCUGCCUCUACCUCUUCAGGUGCCUCCACUGAGGUUCCCAAGGAGACGUCCACCUCCACGACGUCCUUGGUCGACAUCUCCCCCGACGCAGCGGCGGCACAAGCCGAGUCCAUCUCGCGCAGCAUGUCAACAGACGACGCUCUCCAGCUGGCGCUACAGACCCUGUCCACCAUCCUGGCGCAGGACCUCAAGCCCAGCGAGGUUGAGGUAGGCAUCGUGGGUGGACCAAAGGCGCGGGCGAACAUGGAGGGAGAGGAUGGCAGCAUGGAGGCACAGAAGCAAGCAAGGUUCAGGACGUUGAGCGAGGAUGAGAUCAAUGCUGUGUUGGAGGCAAUUGCAGAGAGGGAUUAGAGCGCGAGCGGAUCGAGGCGGCCGUGAGGUGAUCUCAAUGCGAUGCAGUCAAGGCAAGGAGCAGUCACAUGGCUACUCGUGUUCAUUGUGACACCAUCGUUGUCUCUGUGCACGCCUCACUUCCUUCCCUUCUUCCUCUCAGCCCUCUUCCUCCCAAUGACUCCACCGACGGCUUGCCCCAUCUUCUGAGGCUCAUUCUUGGCCCUCGACACCUUAUUCGAUGCCUGCUCUCUCGCUCUUCGAAGCUGCAUGUCGUCGCUCCCUCCCUUCUUCUUCGUCGACUGAUUCCAGUUGGCACGACGCGGUGCCCUCCCACGGUCGUCGAUGUCUUCCUCCUCCUCUUCCUCUCCCUCCUCCACCUCCUCAUCCUCACUAACCUCCUCGCCCGCAUCUCUGGCCUUCCUCCUCUCCGCAUUCCUCCUGUUCUGCUCAGCCCUAUCCCUCCUCUGCU